UCAGUUUAUUAUUCUGCGUCGAACUGUCAGUUUGCGAUAUAUAAACUUCAAGAAUUAAUUGAUUUGGUCUGGUUUUUUAAUUACUUGCGGUAUCAAAAUGUUUCCGCAAAGCUCACAAAAGAAAUAUUGGAUAUUUAGCGAUGAAAAUGAUUUAACUAUUUUGAGAGAGAAAACCAAUGUUGAGUUUAUUGCAAAACAUGGAGUUAAUAUGACUCCGGAACAAAGAGAGGAACAUUUUCUUUCACACAUAGAGGAGCGUACAUUACUUCGUUUCUAUGAAUUGCAAUUGAGGGACUUUUGUCGUCGAUUCAAUCCACCAAUGCCACGUGCUACUGUAGCCACUGCUUUACAUUAUUUUAAAAGAUUUUAUCUUAGGAAUAGUGUGAUGGAUUAUCAUCCUAAGGAAAUCUUGGUUACUUGUGUUUAUCUAGCAUGCAAAGUCGAAGAAUUCAAUGUCUCUAUAUCUCAAUUUGUAGCAAAUAUCAAGGGUGAUAGGGAAAAAGCAUCCGAUAUCAUUCUUAACAAUGAAUUGCUUCUCAUGCAGCAGUUAAAUUAUAACCUCACUGUUCAUAAUCCAUUUAGGCCUGUAGAAGGUCUGAUGAUUGAUAUAAAGACAAGGUACGCGUCUUUGGAAAAUCCUGAAAAAUUAAGGCAGCACAUAGAUGAAUUUUUAGAAAGGGUUUUUCUAACAGACAGUGUUCUUCUUUAUGCUCCAAGCCAAGUUGCAUUAGCUGCAACUUUGCAUGCAGCAUCCAGGGCUUCUGCAAAUUUAGAUAAUUAUGUUACUGAUAUACUGUUCUCAAGAGAGCAAUUGGGAGGGAUUAUAGAGGCUGUGCGAAAAAUACGUUCAAUGGCUAAAUGUGUAGAAUCACCUUCGCGAGAAAUUGUAAAGGCUUUGGAGAAGAAACUGGAUAAAUGUAGAAAUCAAGAGAAUAAUCCUGAUAGCGAAAUAUACAAGCAACGAAUGCAGGAAAUGUUGGAUGAAGAGGAUUUACAGGAUAAUGAGAAAUAUGCAAAAAUUAUUCAGGAUCAGGCGGCCCACGAUGACAAAGUUUUGGGAGUUAGUAAAAUCUUGUCUCCUUCUGCUUUGUGAUAAUAACUAUAAAUUUUAUAUGAUAAUUAGUAAAUAUUGCAUAAUCCAAAAUCCUAUGUAUAUUUCUCAAAUAAUUUACGACUUUAUUUCUUUAUAACUCAAUAUACAUGGGAUUUACAUAGGAUUUUACAGCAAUGUUGUAUAUUUGUAUUCAUCACAAUCUAAAAAUAUAAAUACUAUCAUUUUGUUCGUUUUCUUUGGAUAAAAAUUGCACCAUGAAUAUUAUUUGUUCUAUAAUAGUAUUAAGACAUAAUUUAUUUUGUACGUAUACGAUGUAUUAUUAUAAAUGCAUACGU